AUGGCGGCUCCAAACGAAUCCCAAACCCCUUCGCGUCGCCGGCAGUUCAUCAAGAUCGCCACGGCGCGGCGGCGAAGAACCGGAUCGCGACAACGGCAAGCCGUUACAAAAAGGGGUACGAUCGGCGAAAGCUCGAAUGACGGAGAGAAUGACGGAGGUUUCUGCUUUGAUGUCGAAGGUAGAGCGAACUCGGACGGGCUUCCCGUGGGAAGUGAGGUUGGCGAGGGUGAGGAAAAGAAGGUCGUGUUUGUAGGACCUGUAGGUGAUGGCACGGAUGGUAUGGCAGGGUUUGGAGCAAUGUUUCGGUGUUUCGAUGAUGGCGGCUGUGGUGUCUGGGUUCGUGACGGAGGUGUUGAGGCUUCCGGUGAAAGUGGCGGUACACUCGCUGCGAGGAUAGGUAACGUUUCUGCCAAAUCCACGAUUGUCUUAAACGAGCCCUUGAACAUGUCCCAAGCCAUUUCUGUCCUCAGACCGGUGCCUGCAGCCAUGAUUAUGCGCGUCAUCAUGAAAGACAUCUUCAAUAGUGUAUUGCCAGCGUAG